UCCAUCCAGUCUGGCUCGAUGGUGCGCGUGUGGAGGGGAGGGUGAGGGUGUUCUUCACAGGCUCCGGGCAUCCUCAGACAGGUGGAAGAGACGUCCUCAAGCAGCUGAACCGCACCGCGCUCGGACUGGGCUGGGCUGCGGGACAAGCGGCGGCGUUCGCUGCGCGCGCUCGGUGCACGGAUCCCCCCCACCCCUCCUUCCUCCUCCUCUUCUUCCUCCCUGCAGCUGAUGCCUCAUCCGAAAACAUGCUUUGGCUGAUUCCUCCUCAUCCUUAUCCCCCGCACACAUGCUCGGUAUUCCCAGCGCGCACGCGGGGAGGACGAGGGAUGUAGCCGCAGCUGGAUAAAUGAGGAGAACCCAUGGGCGUCAGCUUCUUCCCUGAGAUUCUCACCGUUUAACCGGGGAUUUCACACCGCCGCUCCGGUCAUGGAGAGCCAAGCAGUCGAGCCGCAGAGCUAUGAAGAUGUGCAGAAAAGCGGCUACCUCCGCAAACACAAAUCGAUGCACCGGCGGUUCUUCGUGCUGAGGGCGGCCUCGGAGCACGGUCCGGCUCGGCUCGAAUACUACGAGAACGAGAAGAAAUUCCGCAGUAAAUCACCUGUGCCCAAGAAGGUCCUGAACCUGGAGACCUGCUUCAACAUCAACAAGCGGGCGGAUUCCAAGAACAAGCACAUGAUCGUGCUCUACACCCGCAGCGAGAGCUUUGCCAUCGCUGCGGACAGCGAGGAGGUCCAGAAUGAGUGGUACCAAGCCAUGCUGGAUCUCCAGUGCAACUGUAAAACCCCUGAAGACUAUGGCAGCAGUGGGGAGUGUAGCUCUCCAUCUCCCAUCCCAACAUUUAAGGAGGUAUGGCAAGUCAAGGUUUGGCCUAAAGGUCUUGGACAUGCCAGAAACCUGGUGGGCAUCUACCGGUUGUGCCUAACUGAUAAGACAGUCAACUUUGUCAAACUCAAUUCUGACGUGGCCGCCGUGGUGCUGCAGCUGAUGAAUGUUCGCAGGUGCGGCCAUUCAGAGAACUUCUUUUUCAUUGAGGUGGGACGCUCAGCAAUCACAGGACCUGGAGAGUUCUGGAUGCAAGUGGACGACUCUGUGGUGGCUCAGAACAUGCACGAGACCCUGCUGGAGGCUAUGAAGGCCCUGAGCGAGGAGUUCCGACAACGGAGCAAGUCUCAGUCUGUAGGAACAUCAUGUGGUGGUGGUACUGCUUCGAAUCCCAUCAGUGUGCCAAGUCGGCGUCAUCACCCGAAUCUGCCACCGAGCCAGGUGGGCUUCUCCAGGAGAGCACGCACUGAGACUCCAGGAACAGGUGGUAGCAGCACAAGCACUUCCCCCACUUCAAGACACGGGUUUCCAAGGGCACGGACAGCCAGCAUUGGAGCCCGGUCAGAGGAGGGAGGAGCGAGCGCCAGAGGGACAUGGGCCAGUUCCAGCCCAAGUCUCAAUGGAUCCUGCUCAACUACUCCAACGCUAAGACCCAAACCCACCAGGGCCCCGACCCCAGCAAAGAUUACCUUGAGCCUUGCACGUUACACACCUAACCCUGCUCCCUCUCCUGCACCAAGCCUGUCCUCCAGUUCAGGUCACGGAUCUGAAUGUGGCCUAGUUGGGUCUGUGGUGGGAGGCAUGUCCAUUUGCUCCUACGCCCGUGUUUCUCAAAGAGUUUCUGUUUCAGGUUCACCGAGCGACUAUGGAUCCUCAGAUGAAUACGGCUCUAGUCCUGGUGAGCACUCUCUGCUAAUACCAAGUCUGUCUGGACAUCACGCACACGGAGAAGGCUCCUCCAGCUACAUAGAAAUGGGACAAAGAGAAGGGCUGCACGGCUCCCAUCAUUAUUCCAAAGGCAGACGGAUUUUGCGACGCUCGUCUAGUCGGGAGUCUGAGGCCGAGCGAAGGCUGCUGAGUAAGAGGGCUUCACUGCCUUUGGCAACUCAUGAAAGACUGACCCCGCACAGAAAAGAUGAAGAUGAUGAUGACGAAGAAGAGUACGCCAUCAUGUCACGGAGUACUAACAGAGAGAGGACAGAUCUGCACCGGGGCUCAGAGAAUCCAGCAGUUCAGGCCAGGCGGCUUGAAGAUGAAGGGAAGAACAGGAAGAGGGCUGACAAAAGCAGGGCACAUGGGGGUGAAGGAGCAACUCUAGACAGCGGCUAUAUGUCAAUGUUACCCGGGGUGACAUCCCCGCCUGUUUCGCUGUCUCUUUCGAUGGGAAUGUAUGACUCCGGGGCUAAACCGGGGGCGGAUGACGAGUACAUGGCCAUGACCCCAAACAGUAGUGUGUCCCCCCCUCAGCACAUCCGCCAACCCACUUCAGAGGGCUAUAUGGUCAUGUCCCCAAACAGCAGCAGUUCUACAGACCUGCACGGGCUGGGCAUGUGGGAGAGCAGGGCGAGCAUGGAGAGCCAGGUAGCCGGUGACUACAUGAACAUUUCCCCCAUCAGCAGCCGCUCCGCUUGCAGCACUCCGCCUUCACACCAUGAGCAGCACCAGUUGCAACCCAAAAUGUUCAACUCAUACUUCUCACUGCCACGAGCCUAUCAGCACACCCUCUAUACUCGCUUUGAGGAGGACUUGAACAAAGGAGAGGAAAAAAAAGACAGUAGUGGGAAUGACAGUGCUGGAAGGGGAGGGAGAACGGGGUACAACAAAAGAAACAAAAUAGCAGUGGGCUCUGCAGGAGGCUGCCAACUCUCCAUGUCCUCCUCUUCUUUCUCCUCCAGCUCUGCCAGCAGUGAAAGCCUUGAAGACAAGUCCCUAUCUACCGGCCGAGGGUUGAGUUUAUUAAGAACCGGGACAGAAUACAAAAGUGCAGGAACAUCCACAAAGGAUGGACGUCACCACCAAAAACGUUCAUCUAGCAGUAAAAGCCCGAAGCAGCAGAGGAGGGGGCGUCCCCUGAGCGUAUCUUCAGAUAUUGCAAAGGCAAACACUUUACCAAGGGUUAAGGAAAAUCUACCACCAUCAGGAUCCCAGAAUGUUGGGGACUAUGUCAGCAUUGUCUUUAAGGAAGACAGUGCAUACGAUAAGGGCAGGAGUGGACCGCCCAUUAUCCAUGGAACUCUGCGCCCCAUAAACCAGCCUCUCCUCAGUCACGAUAACCCUGCUAACCUUCCCCGCAGUUUCUCUGCACCGCUGUCCACCUCUGCAGAAUAUGUGAAUAUGGAUUUAGGGAAAUCCACAACACCUCCAACUCAUGUUAGAUCCACCUUCAGUACCCUACAGGGUCCAGCAGCUGUCAUCCCCAAGGCCCGACAUGAACAUGGCUCAUCCUCUCCGCUGGCAGCAGAAGGCUACAGAGCAAAAAUAAACACUGCAACAGUGCUGACUGAUGUUCCAGUCCAUUUUAUUGAUAGCAAAGGUUCAGAUUCAAGGAACUCAGUAAGACCUGCCAUUCAUUCUAGUCAACCUCUAUCUAGAGAGCAGGAGACAAGUUUGGAGUCUUCCCCGGUUAAGUCCUUCCAGUCGCCAGACCGGAGCAGCAGAUUGGUCCGAUGUAAUCAGCAGGGACACUUGAGCCACAGAUCUGAAGCAUUCAGCUCACCAUCAUCUUUACCACCAUACCCAUCUUCUUCUACCUCCCUCUUCUCUGAGGGCAACCAGGCAGCCAGCCGGCAGGGUUUGGAUUGCUCACUGUGGGAGAAUGGGCAGGCCUCCGGUUUGUCUGCCCCAUCUCCACCACAAGCCUCCACCUCAUCCACUGAACAAGGCCUUAACUACAUAGACCUUGACCUAGCCUUGAAGGAGAGCGCUCAGACUGGAGUGGAGCACACCUCAUCCGUCUACAAUGUUGGAGGGAGUGCAAUGGGAAGCAGUGUUGGCUCUGCCCUUAACACUUACGCCAGUAUUGAUUUCUACAAAUCAGAGGAACUUCGAACGAGCCAGAACAGUAGAAAGGAUGGUCAAGACUGUUGAUCUCCAUCUCGGCCUCUGAUGCGACUGCUCACCACUCGCCUCGCCUCAUCAUUUGUUGCCACAACAGGAACUGUAAGCUGGAGUUGGAACGCUGAAACUGAGGAUUUCUCAUCCCGUCUGCUGUUUUCGGUCAACCAAAUGUGUGCCAAACACACACACACAUUAACACAAACCCAUAUAUAUAAACUCUACACACAGCUACAUUUGAAGGAAAGAAUUUGCCUUGUUUGAACCAUUCUGACACCUGAUCUUUGUUUAACGUGGUACAAAGAAGGACUGAGCCCACAUGUGUCCAAUCUGUUGAUUAUUGACAGUUAUUUCAAACUUAAUUAAUGUAUUUAAGGCUAAAUGAAACUGUUGAAAUCCAGAAAAGCAAAUUAAAUCUUUUUGGCUGUGAUUUCAGAGCCGAUUGGCUUAAUUAAAGUUUCACAAAACAGAAAAUUAGCAGCUGUUUUUUUUAUCUAAUCGGUCUGUUGAAUUUUUAUGUGGUUCUACCUCCUCCUUCUUUGUAUAUAUAGUUUUAAAGAUCACCAUGUUUGAGCAAAUAGGAAGAAAACAGGUGAAGGCAAGUUUCUUAAACACACCAUCUCACUGUAAACAGUUUAAAAUGACCAUCUACUGUAAAGUUGCCUAAAAAAGCUUUUAUACGUCACUACUACAGCUCUUGUGUUACUGAGUUUCUUCAAAAACACUGCUAGAAAUAUUUUUACACACAAAGACUCAACAGAGCCCUUCACAUUUAUUUGCACUCCUGGUAAAGAUGUGUAAAAAAGCCUUUAAAUAAAUGAGUAUUUUACUGCAUCAGCAUAAUCAUAGUAAAAAAAAAAACUUGAUCUUUAUUUUUAGAACAGCUUUAUUGAAGAUACAUGUUUACGUUUACUGAUUUAGGAUAAAAAUCUUAAUCCUGCAACUGGUAACUGGGUCAGUUUCUUGUGACGACUUGUCUAAGGUUUUUUUAUAGUGGGUUAGGAGAUUAAAAUAAAAAUUUUCUGUUGAUACUUGGGAGUAAAUUUGGAUAUUUUGCUUGCUGAUCUUUUCAUGGUCUUUGGAGGAGAAAUAAGCCCACAGCACCACAGAUCCUCCUCCA